UCCUCCUUAACGCGCACAUGCUCCCGACGUCAUCUCUCUUUGAUUUUCCGUGUCAACAUGGCGGCAUCCAUGGCAUCUCAGGCUGCAGCAAGAGGACUGAGGACAGCCACCUCAAAGAACAUUCUUCUUGACAAACUCAAGUGCACCUGGUUGAGUCCCAGGAGAUGGCUGAAUCUGCAAGAGUACCAGAGCAAGAAGCUGAUGCAAGAGAGUGGCGUGGCUGUCCAGCGCUUCUAUGUGGCCGACACAGCUUCUGAAGCACUGGAGGCUGCAAAGAGACUGAAUGCCAAGGAGAUCGUGUUGAAAGCUCAGAUUCUGGCGGGCGGCAGAGGCAAGGGUGUGUUUGACAGUGGCCUUAAAGGUGGAGUGCACUUGACUAAGGAUCCUGCAGUGGUUGGCGAGCUGGCCAAUAAGAUGCUGGGUUUCAACCUGACAACCAAGCAGACACCUAAAGAUGGAGUGAAAGUGAAAACGGUGAUGGUUGCAGAGGCCCUGGACAUUAGCAGGGAGACGUACUUUGCCAUCUUAAUGGACCGGUCCUGUAAUGGUCCUGUCAUGGUUGGAAGCCCCCAGGGAGGUAUGGAUAUCGAGGAGGUGGCCGCCAGCACCCCAGAACUCAUCUUUAAGGAAGCCAUAGAUAUAUUUGAAGGAGUGCGAGACGACCAGGCGCUCCGCAUGGCAGCUAAUUUGGGUUUCAAAGGACCUCUGCAGAGACAGGCAGCAGAUCAGAUUAAGAGGCUCUAUGAUCUGUUCCUGAAAGUCGACGCCACUCAAGUCGAAGUCAAUCCUCUCGGAGAGACUCCCGAAGGACAAGUGGUUUGCUUUGAUGCCAAGAUCAACUUCGACGACAACGCUGAGUUCCGUCAGAAGGCCGUGUUUGCCAUGGACGACAUGACUGAGAGCGACCCCACAGAAAUGCAGGCAGCCAAGUGGGACCUCAAAUAUAUUGGACUUGAUGGAAACAUUGCCUGUUUUGUGAAUGGAGCGGGCUUGGCCAUGGCCACAUGUGACAUCAUUGACCUGCAUGGAGGAAAGCCAGCUAACUUCCUGGACCUGGGUGGAGGAGUCAAAGAGAGGCAGGUGUAUGAGGCCUUUAAGCUGCUCACAGCUGAUCCUAAGGUGGAGGCCAUCCUGGUCAACAUCUUUGGUGGGAUCGUCAACUGUGCCAUCAUCGCCAACGGCAUCACCAAGGCCUGUCGUGAGCUGGAGCUGAAGGUGCCAUUGGUGGUCAGGCUUGAAGGGACCAACGUCCACGAGGCCAAGAGGAUUCUGACCGAAAGCGGCCUGCCCAUCACAGCCGCAGACAACCUGGAUGACGCCGCCAAGAAAGCAGUUGCCGCCAUCAGGAAAUAGAAAGCUGUCAGUGUAACGUCACUACACUCUUCACACUAUCCGCCCAUCUCUAACAUUCAUUACAGCCUCCCAUCUUCACUGUUUGCCUUUUUUUUUUUCACACAUCCAGACCUCCAGAAUUUCAAGCCUUUGCUCUCAUGGGCUUUCACUCUUUUAUUUCAACACUAGUUUCCAAAUCAUACUUUCAUUGCCAACUCAGCAUCCGUAAUCACAUGUUUGGAGGUGGUGUAUCACCUCAGCGCCUUACAGAAUGAAACAUUUACACUCAUUUCCCAUGUGCAGUGCAAAUUAGCAGCUUUUAACAAUUUUCUAAAACACUUUUUCUAUAUUAAAUACAAAUUAAUUCAGAUGAAUCACUCUGUAACCUUCAGGCUUGUAACUGUCUUACAUCAUGAAAGUGACAAUAAUCUUGUCAUAGAACAUCAUAAAGCUUUAGCAGCCUCUGUCAGAGACCCAACACUUGCAUGCAUUCCAUUGUCCAAGGCAAAUGAUGUGGCUCUUUAUUGUGGCAUUUAUGUAGAAUAUUAAUUAUAGAGAGUAAUUUUCCAUUUUCAACUCCAGCCUUUGCUGGAAGUUCCUCCAAAGGCAGAGUUUGACUGAAAGACAGUCCGUUCAUGAGCUGUUAAAUUAUUUGGUGGCAUUUAGCCCAAAUGAAUAACUUUGGGUCAGUCAGCCUGUUUUCUCUGUGACUUUAUUAAGUCACAUUCAUUAAUCCAUCCAAACAUCACAAAUGAGGUAGAUGAAGUAUCCUUGCUGUGAAUUUUGUACAUCAUGUCUUAUUUGUAAAGUGCUUCUUCACUCUAUGAUACACAGUGUAUUGACUGCUUAAAUCUGUGCCUGUUUCAUGAAGGCCUAAGGGUUUUGUAAACUAUCUUGCCAACUUUCAGUCCCAGCAAUAGUUUCACACAGAGGUGUUGAGAGGACAAAAUCAAAAAUAUAAUAGUAGUAAUUAUAAUAAUAGUUUUUUUAUUAUCAUGAUUGUAUUUUGAGAGAAUAUCUUGGAAACAGUGUAAAAACUGUGUAUAUAAUUUGAGAGAUUAAAAACCAACAUUUCGGGAUAA